AUGCUGCAACUGGGCAUAAUUCGGCCGUCUGAGAGUCCAUGGGCGUCCCCUCUGCAUAUGGUGCACAAGGCGACAUCAGACGACUGGCGGCCCUGUGGUGACUAUCGCGCCCUCAACAAUGUGGCCAUCCCGGAUCGUUAUCCCGUCCCUCAUCUUCAAGAUUUUGCUGAAGCUCUUUUCGGCAAAUCGGUUUUCUCGAAGACUGACCUUGUUCGGGCCUUCCAUCAGAUUCCUGUCGCUCCUGAGUAUGCUCCCAAAACUGCCGUCACCACACCAUUCGGCCUGUUCGAAUUUAUUCGCAUGCCAUUUGGUCUUCGUAAUGCUGCCCAAACAUUUCAGAGGUUCAUUGACCGAGUCCUACGUGGUCUCCCGUUUGUGUACGCCUACAUCGAUGACCUCUUGGUGGCCAGUCGAAAUGCCAAGGAACACAAAGAGCAUCUUGCCUUAGUGUUUGACGGCCUCAAGCAGUUUGGCGUGGUCAUUAACCCUUCGAAGUGCGUUCUGGGUGUGCCGUCCCUUGAUUUUCUUGGUCACCAUGUCGAUGCACAAGGUUUGCGUCCCCUCUCUUCCAAGAUUGAGGCCAUUCGUGACUUUCCUCCACCAACCUCCAAGCGUCAGUAG